AUGCCUCAGAACGAGUACAUCGAGGAGCACAUCAAACGACAUGGGCGGAGGUUAGAUCAUUUUGAACGCAAGCGGAAACGGGAGGCCCGCGCGGCUCACCGGGAUUCUGCCAUUGCUCAGAAAGCGUUCGGGCUGAAGGCGAAGAUAUUACAUGCCAAACGACAUGCAGAGAAGGUCCAACUGAAAAAGACGCUCAAGGCGCACGACGAGCGGAAUGUCAAGCAGGCCGACUCGGGGGCUGUGCCAGACGGUGCGCUGCCCACGUACCUGCUCGAUCGUGAAGGCCAGAAGGACGCCAAGGCGCUGUCGAGUGCGAUCAAGCAAAAGCGGAAGGACAAGGCUGCCAAAUACGCGGUCCCGCUGCCCAAGGUCCGGGGCAUUGCGGAGGACGAAAUGUUCAAGGUGAUGAAGACGGGGAAGAGCAAGAGCAAGGCGUGGAAGCGGAUGGUGACGAAAGCGACCUUUGUUGGCGAGGGCUUCACGCGGAAACCGGUCAAGAUGGAAAGGUUUAUUCGGCCGAUGGCUCUGCGGUACAAAAAGGCGAAUGUAACACAUCCCGACCUCAAAGCAACAUUCCAACUCCAAAUACUUGGCGUGAAGAAAAAUCCACAGUCACCCAUGUACACCCAACUCGGCGUCAUGACCAAGGGAACCGUCAUCGAGGUCAAUGUCUCCGAGUUGGGCAUGGUAACGACCGGUGGAAAGGUCGUGUUUGGCAAGUAUGCCCAAAUAACGAACAACCCCGAAAACGAUGGCUGCAUCAACGCUCUCCUCCUUGUAUAA